CACGCUCAAAGUAUCGGCAAAAGGCCCCUGCUUUGCUUUCUUUAAAAGAAAAACAACAUCAACAAAGUGCAAAGAACACGUAAUUAUUUAACGUGUCUACUUUAGAGCUUGCUUUAAUUUCAUGUUAUGGUAAUGAAGUGUUUACCUUGAUUUAACAACUGGUGGGUGUUCCCUUGGGGAGCGUGGAGUGGGCAGAGAAGUCAAAGAUCUCAUUUGGUUGCACUUUGGUCAUUCCUAUGCAAAGUUUGAAGUGUGUCCAAAGCAAGUCAGAGUUUGAUGAAAUCAUGUAAAGAAGUUACCUUUGGAGAGUCGUCUAGUCAAGAUAUGUAACAUAGUCAAGCCUUACUUAAACUGAAAUGAUGGCUGAUGAGAUUCCAGAAAGAGAUUUCCACUCGUCAACCGUGCCAACAGAUCUUACUAUAACUGAAUCAACGAUCUCAUCCAGCGAUGUGGUUAAUGCUGCUGGGCCAAAGUUUAUGGAACUAACCGGAAACAAAAGUUCAAGGGGGAGACAUGCUCACCAGACAAAGUUUGGGGAGCAAAGUGGUGCUGGUGAUAGACGUAGUUCUAUGAAAAACCGAAAUUUAGAAGAUAGAUACAAUGAUUUGUUACAAGAAGUAAAUGAAAUUCGAGUAACUCAAGUGACUCAGGUUUCAGCGUUAGAAUCUGAAUUAAAAUUAAAGUCGUAUGAAUUAAAGCAAUCACAGCAACAAAACAAAAGCUUGCAAAGUCAAUUAAAAACAAAUCUAAAAGAGAAGACGGAUGCUUGUGUUAAAGUCAAGUCUUUAACAGAAAAACUGAGCGCAUUAAGGAAGGUCUCUGAUCAAGAAAUUUGUAAUCUCAAUAUGUCACUUCACGAAAAAACUUUGAAGUUGGAAAUGUAUGAAAAAAUACAAACAAAAAUUGAUCACGUUUUAUUUCCUGAUUUGCCUGUUUCUGACACUGCAGUAAAUGAUACUGAUGUGGAAGGGAUUCUAUUCAACUUUGGAUAUGGGAAUAUCUCAGUUGAUGCGAAAUUGAGACUUCAACAAUCACUGGACUUGGCAAAACGAUUAUCCAGUGAAAGGGACCACCUCGAAAAGAACCGAGACGAUAUGCAGCUAAAACUCAAUGAGGUGGAAAAGAAGUACCACCAGUUGCUUAUAGAGUUGAAUCAUCUCAAGUUGUCGGACAAAUGCCAAAUGUCUGAGCUUCAAUCUGAGCUAAAAUUGAAAAAAUUCGAAUUAGAACGCCUUUCGAUUCUAUAUUCUGAAGUAAACGAAAAGUACAAAGACACGCUUCUUGAGAAGGAACGAUUAGCUGAAAAACUAGAUGUGCUAAGAGAGGAAUUUGCAAACUCCCAAUCCAGCUCUGCAGAAAAAAUAUCAUCUCUCACUGUACGACUACAAGAAAAAACUACUAGAUUAGAAACUUAUGAUAAAUUAGAAGCUGAAUUGGAUAAUGUCGUGGUUCAAGCUGCAACCUUACCUAAUGAAGAAGACGCUGAACAAAUUUUAGCCGCAUAUGGAUAUAGGUCCAGCAUUCCUUGUAAUUUAAAACGCAGAUUGGAGCAAAGUCUCAAACUGGCAAGGAGGGUUCUGGAGUUGGAGCACAUAAAUUCUGAACAGAAAAAAGAGCUGUUCGCUAAUCGGGACAGGAAUGUUAAUCUAAAGCAAGAACUCGACAUUUUAGAGGAAACACUUAAACUUUCCGGACAUCCUACAGCGGAAUUGCUUCAAGUUAUACAAAAACGAGACUUGAUAAUUGCGAAAUUGCAUGAAAAUAUUAAGCAACUGGAUCUCACAAUAACUAAAAUUACGUCCUCCAACAUGGAACUUCAAGGCAAGAUUAGCCAGUUGGAUGCUAAAUUGUCUGAAGCAACGAAACCUCGUACUUCAUGCAUAUACAAACGUUACACUGCCAACCAAAGUCAGUCAGUAAUUUCUAGUGGUCCCUAUCAAUCAUCCUCUGGAAGACGUGGGUUGAGCGUCUCCUUCAAAGGAGAUUCAGAUAGUCAAGGGGCUGUUUCUAGCCUUUCCAGGAUCUCAUUCUCAGAUACUCCUUCUUCGUCCGCUUCUUUGAUUAAUAUCAAGAAACCAUUGUCGUUUUCAAAAUUGAGAUUUGAAGAAUAAUUUUUUUCAUACAUUUAUAAAAGCUUUUAUAUUUAAUACUUUUUAUAUUGUACAUCAUUUGAUUGUUCGUAUCCUAUCCUAAUCACCCACCAAAUUUAUCGUGUUCAAAAUGUUACCAUGUUAGAGUAGUAUAAAAUGGGAAAUAAGAUCUAAUUUGUUUAUUGUGGAUUGCAUA